ACCGCUGCUUCCGCAACCCAGAGGAAAUGACCAAACUCAGUAGCUGUUUUACCAACGGCACAUUUAUUCGCAUUUACAUUUAUUUCAACACAAGCAAUGUAUAGCCACAAUUCCUGACGGAUUACAAAACACUUUUUUGAAUAUUUGAAUGGAAAUAUAUAUAAUAUAUUUUACUUAUACUGUACAUAAAAAGUUCCUAUUGUACCACGUGGUUCUACGUCACUUAGUUGCAGUAGCCAGGUGUCGCCGUGCCAGUUAGUUUUUGUUAUUGUUUCCUGCAGCAGCUGCUUGAUCCUAUUUCCACUGACAACCUGUCGUGGAGAUGUGGUGCGUCACACUACCGAUUAGACUAAACUCCUCCCGAGUUGACAUAUAUUAAUCCCACGGCGACACGUUGUUUGUGACAAUUCUUUCUCACACGGCUAACUCGCUGGGUGGCUAGCUGCUAGAGUGUAGCAGCGAUGGAGUGGCGGAACAACAACGACGGGCUGUCGGACAACGAGUCCCCUGAAACGGACAGCUGCUCUCGCCACCAGCAGAUAUCAUCAACACACCUUUGUGAUUGUGCCGAGUCAUCCAUUUGCCAGAGCCAGGAGCAGGAAUCCUCAACCACCUCCAUGGUGUCCAGCUGGAUGUUGGCUGAAGCUCAGGACCGACUGUGUGCUUUAAAGUUCCACUGCUCUGAGUCCCUGGAACAGGAACAUGCUCGGACUCGGGCGAGCCCCACAGACCUCACGCACACCGAGGAAGAGUGGCGUCGCAAGGAGAGCAUGCUUGGGGGACAGGCGACCAAUCGAGGACCUGUGCUCGGUGCUGACGGAAGUUGGGAUGUUUUUGAUAAAAGUAUCAUCAACAUCCAGAAUGAACCAGUUGAAGCAGAACAAUGUAAGGAAUCUCUCCACAAAUCUGAGCAAGACCUCAGACACUUUGGUAUGUUACGGCGAUGGGAUGACAGCCAGCGAUUCCUGGCAGAGAAGCCUCAGCUCAUUUGUGAUGAAACGGCCAACUACCUAUUUCUAUGGUGCAUCACGCUCCAGGAAGAAGGGAAGGAAGCGCUAAUGGAGCAGGUGGCGCAUCAAGCUGUAGUCAUGCGGUUCAUCCUGGAGAUGGCAUCAAACUCUCAGCAGGACCCCAGAGGCUGUUUCAGGCAGUUUUUCCACAAAGCCAAAGAAGGACAAAACGUCUAUUUGGAAGUCUUCCACACCGAGCUUGAGGCCUUCAAAUACAGAGUCAGAGAACAUGUGGUCCAGUGUAAAAGCAUUGUGUCCAACAACACAACUCAACAGCCGACCAAUGGCACAAACUGCAGACUCAACCCCAAAGAAGCUCAGAACUCUUUAACUCAAGUGCAGGAGUACCCUUCCAAGCGUUGUUUAGAAGCCGGAUUGUUGAUAAGCACAGGAAGGUGGACAAAGGACGAUGUCACAGAAAGUGACGAUAUACGCAUGAUGGAGACCUCUUAGCAAACUUGGCUGCCUUUCUUCCAUCAUCACCUUCACCCAUUUCAGAUCACUUUGACUUUUUAAGCUCUUCGACACCAGAGCACAACCGGAAUAAAACCCAGCAUUAUUAGUUAUUUUUCCACCUCUGGAAUGGCCUCCUAUACCGUCAUUCAUCAUCAGACAAACGAGGUGAGUGCCGUGCUAAAAUGUUGAUCUGGGUACUCUUUAAAGGCUUUGUCCUUUUGAAAAGCCACAAAACUUUCAAAUGUCAACUAGAAAAGUCAUGGAACUCAAUUGAAAAUGUAAAACAUAUCCAUCUAAUUCUGUCUGCAUUUAAUGAAUCGUUCGAGGCGUCAAUCUGCCUCAUGGGCAAAUCCAACAGCUUUUAAACGGGCUUGAAAAUGAAUGAAGAAUCACAUGCAGUGAUGCCUUGAAAUUCGAGUUGAAUUGACUUACAUGUCUUUUGAGAUACAAGCCAUCAUUUUGACCAUCUUUUUUGCCUUAGAUUUGUGUGUGCAAACUUAAGUUAGGUGCGCCGCAUGGGGGCAGUGAGCUCAACUAAACAAGCAGCAAUUUGGCAAAUAGUGAGCAAAUUAUCAAAAAAAAAAAAGUGGUCCUACAAGCUUUUUAAUGCAACUCAGCUUCGCUGUACUGUUAAACAAAGAGAAUUAACAUUUUGUAUGUAAAACAAGAACAGUUUUGCCUUAAUGAAAGCCCCCAUAGCUUAAUGUUCAUGUAAAACACCUUUGACACAUUAAGUUAGCAUUGAUAUUUGUGUUUCAAGAAGCAAUGCAUGUUUGAACACACCUUAGAGCAGCACAUGUCAAGUAAUAUAACAAGGCUCACAGGAAUAUUCAUUGUCUAUGAAAAAUGACCAAUAUUACAGCAUACCUCAAUAAUACAAGUAACAGUAGAGGAAGUACAACGCUACUUUGUAUCGCUAGGGCUAGUAAUAUAUUUCCUACCAGUAGUAAACCAGGGCAUACAAGAGGGAGCAGCAACAUUAAUUAAAUUGCAGCAUUAAAUUCAAUGUACAAACAGUAAAUUCCUUAGGUUCUCUGUUAUCAAUCUUUUAUAUCGUACAAUAUAGAAAUCUGUUUUCCUUAUUAAAAUAAACUUUUUGGGGGUGGAGGCUGCAACGAAUGAAAGUCAUUUACAUUCAUUUCUAUAUGCAGGUUUUGAGUUAUGAAAGUGGUCUGAUACCAAAUUAAACUUGUCUCUCAAGGCACCACUGUACAACGUAUCCACAGCCUGCACAUAUCCAUAAUCGUUCAUCUUGGCAAUUACUCAAAAGGUGGAUAUAAUUUUAAGUGUGGAAAUAAUAAUAAUAAUAAAUGCCUAAAUACUGGAUUCAGCCCAUGAGUCAGAAUUUUAAAGUUAAUAGUGUUUGACUGCAUUUUGAACGUGGUAAGGCCAAUCCAGAUUGAGGAUCAAAAGAAUGGUAAUUUUUAGAGCUACAGUAUUUGCUCCUAUAGCGGCCGUCUAUUUGGUGUGGAAAAGACAUUUUUCAAUGGGUAGCCAAUAAUAAUAAAUGCAAAUGUAAAGGUCCCAGCUAAUUGUUUACAUUUAACACAUUUUCCAGGUGUUUUAAUUGUGUAUCUGACAUAAUUUUUCCAAAAUACAAUCAGAACUGUAAUUCUGGGACACUUUACACACGUUAAUUCUUGCCUUGUUCAAAUGAUCCUGUUUGAAUCGUGUCAGUUACAGCAGAGGCCAGCCACUAUUUGAGGAAAUACUGUUUUGUUUAGAGGUAAGAAUGUGGGUAGCUGUUUCUCACACGCUUGCAGCAUUCUCAUUUUUCUAUCAAAUUUAUUCAAUACCAAUGAAUGUACGUGCAGAACACUACCAUAACUUCUGUUUCAUUUUGGUGCGCAGGAAAGUUUUAGUGCAGAUGCUAACACAACAUGCAAGGUGUCCAUGUUGAAGUUCUAUGUAAGCCAGUGUUUCCCAACCGUUCUUAGGCCAAAAAUCUCAAGGCACUGCACUGACAAAAAUGUCACAAAAAAUGCCGUGUAUAGAUACGUUGAACACAAGGCAAUUUUUCGUUUGAAUGUAUUACAAGAUAUGGAUAUUCAAAUUAAUUAUUUGUACCUUCUGUCACCAAAUGUAAAAAAAGUAUUUCAUUGUUUUGCCUGUGAAUAUGUUGCUGGCAGAGAUAGAUGGACAAAUAUAGAUUAUCUGUAGUAAAUAAAUAAUUUUUAGACCAAGUUUGUGAAAUUGGAUAAUUUCCAAAGGCACACUUGAUGUAUUCUCACUACACACUUGUUGGGAAUCACUGGAAUAGAUGAUACAGAAAUAGUGUAGCAUCGCAAAGCUAAGUUUGAUGCCAUUAUUUUUAUGCAUGUUGCUGUAUUUCUUUGCUCAUUUCUAGCAAUACAAAAUGUUUAGUUAAUGUUUUUAUUUCAACAUCUCCAGUUGACUGUUGACAUUGUGGAAAAAAGGUGCAUAGAUUUUCUGGGCUCAGGUUUUUGGCUCAGGUCUCGUUUGUUUGUUUGUUUGCAGAAAGGAGGUCUUUGCAUCUGAAUGUGUCCUGCACUUUAUAUUUUUUUUCUUUUUUUUAAUGUCACUCUUUGUUAGUUGCGGUACGAAAGAUGGAGGAUUCUGAGCUAUGUUUUUACAAGCAGGCUUGUGAUAAGGUUUUAAUUUGAACUGUGUGAAGUUUUUUUGUUUGUUGUUUUCACAUUUGAAUGACUGACUUCGGUCAGUGUGCCAGUUUGCUCAGGCUUCCAGUUAUCUAUCUCUUAGAUAUAAUAAAUGAAAGAGAAUAAAGGUCCAUGUUUUUCUGCUGCAGAGUG